AUGCGCCUCAACGGCUCGGCGCCGGGUCCGCGGGGCGCGCCGGGCGCCAAGCCCUUCCCGCUGCCACCCUCGGGGCUGGAGGCGGCGUUCCUGGUCCCCGGCUUCGGUAACGGCUCAGUCAAUGAGUCCGAGCGCCUCCGAGCGACGCCCAGCAGCGACCUGGAUGUGAACACGGACAUCUACUCCAAGGUGCUGGUGACCGCCGUGUACCUGGCGCUCUUCGCGGUGGGCACCGUGGGCAACUCGGUGACGGCGUUCACGCUGGCGCGCAAGAAGUCGCUCCAGAGCCUGCAGAGCACGGUGCAUUACCACCUGGGCAGCCUGGCGCUCUCCGACCUGCUCAUUCUGAUGCUGGCCAUGCCCGUGGAGCUGUACAACUUCAUCUGGGUGCACCACCCCUGGGCCUUCGGCGACGCCGGCUGCCGGGGCUACUACUUCCUGCGCGACGCCUGCACCUACGCCACCGCCCUCAACGUGGCCAGCCUCAGCGUGGAGCGCUACCUGGCCAUCUGCCACCCCUUCAAGGCCAAGACCCUCAUGUCUCGCAGCCGCACCAAGAAGUUCAUCAGUGCCAUCUGGCUGGCCUCGGGCCUGCUGGCCCUGCCCAUGCCCUUCACCAUGGGCCAGCAGAACCGCAGCGCCGACGGCCAUCACCCCGGCGGCCUGGUGUGCACCCCCAUAGUGGGCACCGCCACGAUCAAGGUCGUCAUCCAGGUUAACACCUUCAUGUCCUUCGUGUUCCCCAUGGUGGUCAUCUCCGUCCUGAACACCAUCAUCGCCAACAAGCUGACCAUCAUGGUCAGCCAGGCAUCUGAGCAGGGCCAGGUGUGCGCAGUUGGGGACCAACACAGCUCAUUCAACAUGUCCAUCGAGCCUGGCAGGGUCCAGGCCCUGCGGCACGGCGUUCGGGUCUUACAAAGCCACGCCGUGUGGAACCGGAGGGACGGUGACGAUGGCCUCAUGGCUGGCCGCCCCGAACACCAGGCCGAGUUCCCUUUCUUCAAAGGCAAGUGGCUGUAG